AUGAGAAUUGCUUCUCGUUUUUCUUCUUCUUCUUCUUCUUCGUCUUCCUCCAGUUGGUCGCGUUUCUGGUCGUCGGCGCUCCGAUCCAAGCGCCUUGCGACGGCGGCGGAGAAGGCCUCCCGUGACAGCUCCGAACUCGGCCUCUCCCGCCGCCUCGGCGUCAUCGACCUCGUACUCCUCGGAAUCGGCGCCUCCAUCGGCGCCGGCAUCUUCGUCGUCACCGGCACCGUCGCCCGCGACGCAGGACCCGGAGUAACAAUAAGUUUUAUGCUUGCGGGAGCGUCCUGUGUUAUAAAUGCACUCUGUUAUGCUGAACUAGCUUCUCGAUUUCCCGCUGUUGUUGGAGGAGCUUAUCUAUAUACAUACACAGCUUUUAAUGAACUUACGGCUUUUCUUGUUUUUGGACAAUUAAUGCUUGACUAUCACAUUGGAGCAGCUAGUAUAGCAAGAAGCCUAGCUAAUUAUCUAAUAAAUAUUCUAGAACUCUUCCCUGUUUUCAAAGACAACAUUCCAAACUGGAUUGGGCAUGGUGAAAACAUUGGAGAUGUGUUAUCCAUCAAUAUCCUGGCUCCUAUUCUGCUAAUGCUUCUCACUUUGAUUCUAUGCCAAGGAGUUCAUGAAUCGUCAGUUGUGAAUUGUAUUAUGACCGUGACCAAGGUAAUCAUUGUUAUCAUUGUCAUUUUUGCUGGAGCAUUCGAGGUUGAUGUUUCCAACUGGUCUCCAUUUGCUCCAAAUGGUUUAAAAGCUAUAUUUACCGGGGCUACAGUAGUGUUCUUUGCAUAUGUUGGAUUUGAUGCUGUUGCCAAUUCUGCCGAAGAAUCUAAGAGGCCCCAGCGGGAUUUGCCUAUUGGCAUAAUAGGAAGCCUCUUAGUAUGUGUUGUAUUGUACAUUGGAGUAUGCCUGGUGAUUACUGGAAUGGUUCCGUACAAUCUUCUAGGAGAAGAUGCUCCUUUGGCCGAAGCUUUUACGUCUAAGGGAUUAAAAUUUGUUUCUGUUCUGAUUAGCAUUGGUGCUGUUGCCGGACUUACAACAACACUCCUUGUUGGUCUCUAUGUUCAGUCCCGGCUAUACCUUGGGCUUGGCAGGGAUGGGAUGCUACCCUCAAUAUUUGCGAGGGUUCACUCCAAACGCCACACCCCUAUUCAUUCUCAGGUCUGGGUUGGCUUCGUUGCCAUUGUUUUGUCUGGGCUGUUGAAUGUGCAUGUGCUCUCUCACAUUCUUUCCGUUGGUACACUGACUGGAUAUUCGGUUGUCUCAGCAUGCGUCGUUGUACUUCGCUGGAAGGAUAAGACAGGUACUCAAGUGUCAUCUUCUGCUGAGCGGGAAGGUGUAAUUUGCCUCAUUGCCGUUGCUCUUUGUGGAUUUGCUACUGGGCUCUUGUACCGUUAUGAUGCUUCCUUUAUUUUUAUGAUACUGACCAUAGUUAUCGCAUCUGGUGCUUCUGCUGCUCUUGUUUUCCGCCAGGUUUACGCAGAUGCCCCAGGGUUUUCCUGCCCAGGGGUUCCCCUUCUUCCAAAUAUUUGCAUAUUUUUCAACAUGUUCUUAUUUGCCCAGUUACAUCAAGAAGCGUGGGUGAGAUUUGUGAUUCUUUCUAUUAUCAUGGUUGGUGUUUAUGCAAUAUAUGGCCAGUAUCAUGCGAACCCCAGUGCAGAAGACCACAUCUAUAUUGAGGCACCUUUAGAAGAAGCUCGAUGA